UCCUCCUGACUAUCAAUCCGGUCGGAAAUUGUAUCGAUAGAAGAAUAACUUCGAGCAACUUUCGCGAUGAGUUUGAACGAGCACUCAAUGCAGGCUUUGUCCUGGAGAAAACUGUACUUGAGUCGAGCCAAACUAAAAGCCACUAGCCGCACUUCAGCUCUUCUGUCGGGAUUCGCAAUGGUUGCCAUGGUGGAGGUGCAGCUGGAGCCAGAUCAUCAGUAUCCUCCAGGGCUGCUGAUAGCCUUCAGCGCCUGCACCACGGUCCUGGUUGCAGUGCACCUCUUUGCCCUCAUGAUCAGCACCUGCAUCCUCCCUAACCUCGAGGCUGUCAGCAAUGUUCACAACCUCAACUCUGUCAACGAAUCUCCUCAUGAGCGCAUGCACCGCCACAUUGAGCUGGCCUGGGCUUUUUCUACAGUUAUUGGCACCCUUCUCUUCCUCACAGAGGUGAUGCUCUUGUGCUGGGUGAAGUUUUUACCCGUCAAAAACGACAAGGAUAUCAAUGGAACCAUAACCUCCGGUGAGGCCGCAGCCAUCGCUUCCACCUGCAUCAUGGUGCCAUUUGGAAUCGUUUUUAUUAUGUUCGCCGUCCACUUCUACCGCACGCUCGUCAGUCACAAAACGGACCGACAGAUCAAAGAGCUGGAGCAGGUCAUUCGGCUCCAGACCCAGCUGGACCAAAGGCCUGAGAAUGAUGACCUGAAGGCUGCUGUCCUUAUUGCUUAAUUAUGACCAGUUAGCAUACAACAGCAGCGGACAUUCAGCGGUGCUUUUAUUGUAAAAUGUAUGUUUAAGAACUGUGCGCAGAUGCUUUUAAUGUUAUCGCAAGUUUCAACUGUUCGGCGUUGCAGGUUUUGACUCAGUCCAGAGUGCAUGGUCACAGUCUUCUGUACAUUAUAUAUUACUGUAGGAAAAUAGUUUUGCCUUCAGCAUUCAGGUAAAUACUUUGUUCUCAGGCUGCAACCUUUUAGUGGCUUUUAUGACAGCACAUUAUAUGUAACACUACAUAUUUUAGGGCCACUAAAGGGCUUUACAUGUGUACUAGUGUGCACUGUUCUAAAAAUUGGAGCAUUGUUCUGCUUUUUUAUGAAGAAAAUAGCCUGCUACUUAUUUAAUAUGCCAAAAAAUGCACUGCUCAGAACUGAAUACUACGCUGUAGUUUAGUUGUAAACAACAGUAGAAAGUAGGGCUUUAUAUCACCCACACUAGGAAAUAUAAGACAAAACGUUUAACAAAGGUGAGAGUAAAUAGUAGUUACCUGGAUGUGACCACAGUUCUAUGAGUUCCUUUGUGAGCUGGUCCCCAUUGCUACUGUUGCGGCUGUAAAACCGUGGAUAAAUUGUUAUGAGUGUCACAGAACCCCCACGAAAUGACUCAUUUCAUCAGAAUUUGUUUCGUUUGGUUCAUUAACAUUUAGGAGGUCUAAUAGAGCCUCACGAUUAAAUUAUUUCCCUCAAGUUAGUAGAAGGCUAAUGGGAAUUUAGCUGACUCGGCCAGCAGAAGUCUCUGGUGCACGUGCUCUGUGUUUUUUUCCUCAGUUGUCUAAACGAUACAAAUAAAUUAUAAAGAUUUGAUUUAAACAAAUAUAUAGGUAAUUAUACAAAUAAGCAAAUAAAAGGACAAGCAAUAAAAUAUAAUAGAAUAAAACAUGCCAGGGGUCAACAUAAAUGAAUAGAAAGUAAAGUGAAACAUGAAAUUGAGAGUUUACUUUAGCAAAUUUACAAUUAUGAAUGUAAAACUGCAACAAAUAUAAUGAGAUUGGUUAGAAAGUAAUAUUUUUAUAUAUUGUGUUGAUCCCUAAAAAAAAAAAAAAAAUGUUUUUAUAGUAGAAGCUCAAAGUUACAGAUAAUAUCAUCCAGUCUCAUUUAUAGCAAACAUGUAACGUCAUUGACCAAAAACAACUUUUGUUAAAGAGUCCAAAGUUUUUUUUCCAGCAUAAAUUUCUUACAUGACAAUUCCAAAAAGCUAAUCCAGGUGAAACAGAAAUAGAAAUAGAGCACAGAUCUUAUGGUUGUUACAGUCAGAUAGGUCAAAGCACAUUUUUCCAACUGGUGAGUCAGCUAGCUCAGUAGAAAAUCAUCAUAAGCCUAGACAAGCUUUAGCAAACCACAAUUGCUGGGAGGGCAGGAAUGUCAUACCAAACACCAGGUUUAAAAACACUAGAUUUAAGAUCUCCAUAUACUGUGAUAUACAGAGAUUUACCUAGCAGUGAUAGGCUUAAUUAGCAUUGUGUGAACUCGUUUGUCAAGGGCUGUAAUGUCAUGGACCAUAAUUUACAUGUAAAAGUCCCGCACUAUAGCUUUAAAGGUGGAUUUCCAUGUUUGAAUAUGACUCAGCAUAGCCAGAACCUUCUUUCAAUAUUCAUUUAAAUGAAGUGAAGCCUUUUUUUUAAGGUCAGGCAGAUAACUUGAGUGGAGCUGUGCUGUCUGCUGUUUUUCUCCAUAAUGAUUAAGAUAACAAUCUCACAGUUUAUUUAUUCAGUAUUUCUCCUGUUCAUUUUUAAGAUGUGGAUUAUCCAACUGAAAUAUCAGUUCAAUUUGAAUAGUAUAUUCAUCUGCAUGUUUUCAAAGUUUUACAACCAAAAAGACUCCUGUUACCAAAGUUAUGUAACAAAAUACUUCCAUUUUAGACAUUUACACUUACAUACUUGCGUUGCAUAGGUCAUUAAGAAAACAAAUGGCCAACAGUAUUUGUGUACAGUCUGAGACAACAUCUUAAAAUGAAACCUAGCUAGGGAAUGCUUUUAAUGCUGUGCACAUAUUUUUAUUGUGAGGUGAAGACUUAGGGUGGAGUCUGUGUUUUAAAGAGUCAUCCUUUUGUAAAAAUCAGUUUCAUGCAAGUAAUCUGCUUAGUUUCACUUUUCUUUUGCAAUUCCUUAUAUACGGUUACAGCUUUUAAUGAAAGAAAUAUUGUUGAAUGUAUUACAAAGCAUGCAUUUUGUGGAAAUGUGUUAAAGUUGUUGUUUUUUUAACUUAACUUGUCCUAGUUUACAAGCUUGCGCAUGUUCACACGCUCUAUGUAUAGAUUAAGUGUGAAAUAUACGCCGUUAUUUUUGUCCUGUGGCUCAGUUUUACAUUGUUUUACUUUGUUUUGUCUGUAUUCUUUAUGUUUGUACAAAAACUCUGUUCAAGCUCAAUAAGGAUAAUUGACAAUGACAAACAUUUCAUAUCAAUAUGUAAUUUCCAAUCCAAAACAUUCAUCCCUAAACAUGCUGAAUAAGAUAAAAAUCACAAUAUGAAAUUGUAAAUAUUUGAGAAAAAUACAUACAGUAUAUACCAGCACUGUAAUGAACAUGAGUUUGCAUUUUCGUCAUGGGGUUUUGAACACUUAAAUGAAUAUUGCAACAUACUGUAUUUAUAUCAUGGUAAUACUGUGGUAAAUAUUGCAAUAUUUUUUUCUGCAUCACCCAUCCCAACACAUACUGUCUUUAUUUAUUGCAAAGUAGUUUCGGUCGACCAAAGGCUUCCCAAAUUUGCAUUCAAAUUGUCCUGUCGAUAAUAUCUCUGUGACAGUCAGCAGAGAACAAUCAGCCAUACGGUGUUAGUAACUUUUAGAUUAUUCAGUAAAACUGUUCUUACUUCUCUCCAAAGCAUUUUGUGUGUGUGAACUUUCGCAGGAAUUUAGUGAAGAUUAUUCAGGUUGACACCUCUGUUAAGCCUGCCACAUGUGCCUUCUUUAAAAACUGAUUGUUGCAAAUGUCAUAAUGUUCCUUACGGUUUCUUUUUUGUGGUUUAUUUAUUUAAUUCAGUGUAUGUUACUGUAUAUACAGAAGUGCCACUGCUUGUGCCAAAGCACAACUUUAAAGUGAAUAUUGAGUAAAUGUGUUUUUAGUUCUGCUUUUGUUUGGUAGCAGCUUAUGAUGCUGCUGCUUUGUAACCUGGUGAGAUUCACCUGGACUUUUUGUUGCCGGUUUGAAAAUAAAACACA